AUGGAAGACAAAAUGAUAAAAUCCAGUAUUGUUGCAAGUCCAAGAGUUCGUCUUAACCAGCACGAAGAAUACAAUUUUCAGAAAGAAACAAUAAAAAUUCGAAAGUCUUUUUUAAAUGCGUACACUUUUGAACUGUUUUAUGCAAAAAAUUUAAAAUUAAAAAAUGAAUACUUGGAUAUAAUAAAAAAAGAAAAUAAGAAGAACAUUAUUUCUUUGGAAAAAAUUUCAAAAAAUGGAUUACUUUACCACAAGAAUAUGUUAAAAAGACAGAUUAGAAAUAUUAACAGAAUGUUUGCAAAUCGACAUCACGUCAGUAAAUUCCCUAGACAAAAUGUAAUUGAAUUAAAUAGACACAUAUGUUUUAUGGAAAAAGAAAUUAUAAACAGAUUUUUGUUUAAUCUGCGUAUUAAUAAUUCUAAUUAUUCAUUUGAUGAAGAAGAAAAAUAUCUCUAUAUUAUAUAUUCCCGUUUUGUUCAUAUUGUGAAUGCCACACUUGAUAAGAAGUAUCGUUUCUUUGUAAAACGAAAAAAUAUAUAUAGAAGCAACAACAAAUCUUCCGUUCGAUUCGACCCAUACUACAUUAAACAAUUCUGUAUAUUUAUUAGAAACCUUGUUAAAAUUCGGAAGAAAAAUUCUCAUUUUUUAUUUUUAAAAAAGUAUAUUCAAAAGUGCACAAAUUAUGAUAAGACAGAAGCAGAAAGAGGAGAAAACUCAUCACAAAAAAAUUUUCGUUGUUACAAUGUCCAAGUUAGAAUUUUCAAAAGUGGCAUUUCUUCUACCUCAAUGAACAGAUGCAGAGGAAAAAAAAACAUUAGCGUGAUAGUUACUCCAUAUGUGGAAUCGCCUUCAUAUAACUUGUCCAUGCAUAGAGAAAACAGAAGCAGAUGUAGAAGCAUCGGUAGAAGCAGCGGUAGAAGCAAAAACGGUCAGAUGAGUCGAAUGAGAAGCAGGAAAAGAAGGAGAAAUUAUGAAACAUUUAAUGAGUGCACCAGUAGUAACAGCUGCAUAAAUGAUCCCUUCAAAGUUAACAUACAAAAGGUUAAAAACAAUGUUGAACGAUUCAUUUGUAGCUACCUUUAUGACAACAUUUUAAACUCCAUAUUCUACUCUCUAUUUAAUAGGAGUAUACAAUUUGUGUGUGAAUCCGUGUGUGAAUCCAUUGUUAAGAUGUCUCAUGAUGUGGAAGGAGAAAAGAAAGGCAUGAGAAAAAGAAGUAGAAUAAGUGGAAUGGAUAAGGAUGAAAAAAAUUGCAUGAUAUGUGAAAAAGGACAGUCUGAGACGAAACCCUAUUGGGGUGAAAAAACAUUUUCAAUGAAUGAACUCACGCAAAUUCAUCUUUUGAAAUGUCUAAAAAUAUUUUUCAAACCUAUUAAUAUGUACCAAAAAGAAUUUAAAAAGUACACUCAACAGAAGGAAUUGAUUCUUUUUGAAAACAUCUGCACUUUGCUAAAAGACAAUGUAAGGACACUUCUCCAACUUACAGUAGUGAAUAUCACUAAUUUGUGUAACCAUUUGCCGCUCCAGUAUUUCUUUAGCUUAUUUCUGUUCUUUUUCAUUUUUCUACGUAUACCAGUUCAAUUUUCAUCUGAGCACGUACUACCCCAUUGGGGUCUCCAUUCCCCUCCAGAGGGGCAGCAGAACCGAACGGAGCAGAACCAAGCGGAGCAGAACCAAGCGGAGCAGAACCAAGCGGAGCAGAACCGAACGGAGCAGAACCAAGCGGGGCAGAACCGAAUGGAGCAGAACCAAAGGGAGGAAAGCGAUUUUUUUUACGAUCCCCGUGUGAACAUUUCAAAGCAUAGCCAUUACAACAACGUGGAGAAUAACAAGCUCGAUAGCAUUAAUAAUCCAAAUAAUAACCCAAACUGUUAUACUCAAGAAAUGAAGGAAGAAAGUGCCUUCUCCACAUGCCUCCUUUGCACAUAUCAUGGAUUAAAAAGAAAUAAAAAUAUAUCCAUAAUAGAUAAAAAGAAAUAUCUAGCCAUUAUUAUUUUGAAAAUUUUGCAGAAGAACUACGAAUUUGUAGAGAAAGAAAAUUCCAUUUUGGAACUCUAUUUUAGGAGCUUCAUGAAGAACCCGUUUUUUAAUGAUAAAAAUAAGUUUCUAUCAGUUUUAUUUAACAUUGAGAAAAAAAAAGAUGACACUUUGCAUGAGCACAUUAGAUUCUGUUGUCGAGAUGGAAAAAACAAAAUUCAGAAACGUCCAAAAGUUGGGGAUGCCCAAGAGGAAAAUACAGAUAAAAGAAUUAACACGUGUUUCAAGCCCCACGAUAUUCAGAUAAUCUUUAAGCGAUGCAUGAGUCGAAUGAAUAAGAAAGGAUCCGUUUUGUGCCGACUCCAAGGGCUAAUGGGUCCCGAAGAGGAAGAACUUUUAAAUGGUGAAAGUGAUAGUGCUCGAAGUGGUGAUGGCAGAAUAAGUGAUAGUGGUGGAAGUGGCACCAAGGUGUUCUCCCUGAACCACAAGGUCAGGGAAAAAGCAGCUGUAGAAACAAAAACUGGAAAAACGAACAAAUUCACGAAUCAUUCAUCAGUUUGUGGUUUUUCCCUUGCAAUGGGUUCACAAAUUGGGAAAGGAAAUUCUCCAAGAGAAGAGUACAAAAAGAAAUUGGAAAGUGAGAGAUACAAUAUUUCGUCUUCUAUUAACGAUAAUCUGUGUAGUAAUAAUAUUGUAAGAAAUAGAACCCCCUUAGACACAUAUGAUAAUUUAGAGGAUAAAAGAAAGGAAGAAAAACAUCAAAGAGUGAUCCAAAAGAUAUUUAUCGAUCGAACCAAUUGCCUAUAUAACUACAUGUAUGAAAAAAUAAAAACAUUUAUGGAAAAUCUUAAAUUAUUUUUCCUUCCUCUGUUAAACGUUUUAUACAGAAAUAGCAUAUUUCAUGUGAAUAUGUACAUCUAUAUGUGUAUGAUUGAAUCUAGCAUUUUGCUAUGUAAGAAGGAAGAAAAUAUAUCCAAGUUACACAAAAGAAAGGAAAUAAAACAUACAUUUAGACAUAUCUACAAUAUUGAAUCUAUCACGAUGAAAAAUCAAAACUACAAAAUAUUGAAACAGGAAUGUUCUUUCAUCCUUUUCGAAGAAUAUUUUGUAUGCAAAUUUUAUCAAUUGUUGCAUCUGCUACAUAGACAGUUUCACACACAAACAACUGAAAAAAAGAACAUAAAUAUGAUUAUCCAUUAUGUGAAAAAUAGAAGAAGAAUUAUAAAUAUAUCCUUCAUUCUGUUGAUAUACAGAUUGGCGAAUGUAUUAAAAGUGCAGACGUGGGUAAAUAAAGGUUCUCAAAAUGUUUUUAUAAAUAAGGACAAAAAUAUAAACUUCAGAAAAUUGAAGUACCUAUUAAUUUAUACCAUUAGCAUGAGAAUGGGAACUAAUCUCUCCAUGUACAACAGAAAGGUGCAUAAUAACCGCUCAUGCGUAAAUAAUUAUAACUCACGAAUUUUCAAAAGUAUAGGUAGUAGGAAAAAUAGAAAGGUAAAGAUAAGUAGAAAUUGUUUAAUAGAUGAUGUUCAACCAUACAUGCACAUCUUACUUAAAAAUGUGCGAUGUGGAAAUCAUAUUGUGCAUGCAUACUUGGAGGAUGAUGAGUUAUUUUACAUUCAAAGGAAAAAAGAUUUUAUUAUUUUUAAUUUAAAAAAUAAGAAGGAGAAAGAGGAAACAGAUCAUAUCGAUGCUAAAAAUGUGUAUUAUCAAAUGAAUGGUAAGAAAUAUUUCGUUUUUGAAAAUUCCUAUAUGGUAAAAAGGGUAUAUAAAAUAAAGUGUGUAAAUGUGUGCUUACUCUUUUAUAGGUAUUGUUUUUUCUUUUACAAGAAGAGAAACCCACUUAUAUUUUACUUUCUUUUUAACAAUCUCUUUUGUAUUUGUGUUCGCUGUUUGAGGAAAUACUUGGUUCUAGGUAAAUCUUACCCGGAUACGGGUCCCACCUGUUCAUCUGCAAGUGCAGCAACUACUGCUGUCACUUCAGCUCCUGCCACUUCAGCUCCUGUCACUUCUCCCAGUUCCACGCCAUUCAAUAGCCCACCUGUGGAAGACUCCACACACGAUUGCUUUUACAAGCAAAUUGGAGUGCUCAUAAAAAGCAGACAGAAUAUUUUCGUCCGUAACUUUUACUGUUUGACUCUUUUUCUUAUUAUGCGAUACCACACGUUGAUUGGAAAUGUUCGACACUCCGGAUUGCAGAGCUGCGUACCUAAGCGAAUAUUUACCCUGCUGCGUAAAACACUGGAAAUAAAAAGGGAAUGUUUCUCAUCUCCACUUAAUGCAGUUUUGUCAACAUACUGUUCCUUCUUCUUAGACAUUGAUUUAUUUUUCGGGAGUUCAGGCAACUUUUUUGAAUUUCCAUUACGUGAUGGAGCAUACGAAGUUAACCCUCCAUUUGAUAUAUCCCUAAUAAACAAAUUAAUUAUAUAUAUUUUGUGCAAUUUAAAAAAAGAGGUACAUGAACUGACCUUUUUUUUGAUCAUACCCAUAAUUAAAGACAAAAAUUAUUUUUUCGAGUUAUUAUUUUCUUCCCCCUACUUGUCUACUUACUUUUUAUUGGAGCAGAAUUCUUACACCUUUUCGACGAGGCUAUUUGAGAGCAGGGAAGAAGAGUACAUUUCAUCUUGCGAUUGCCUCGUUUUCAUUUUGCAAAAUAAAAAAGCAAGAUUACGAAAAGGAGUAAUUAACAAGAAAGUUUCGUUGAAAAUAAAGAAAAGGUGGGAAAAUUUGAGUCACGUUAAACAAAAAAAAGGGGUAUACUUUUCGGAAGCGUGA